AUGUCAACACUGGCAUUUUUAGACCGUACUCUUUUUAGUGGUAUGUGGAAUGUGAGAGCGACUUGGUGGAGGCAUUUUGAUCGCAUAAAAAAUCCUUUGAGACCUACUAUUCUCCUUGACCUGGAGCCGAGCAGAUCAUCGACUCGGCUUAGCUGUUUGGCUCGCAGCUCGGCUCGAGCCGUUUGUAUCACUAUGCAUGAGGAUAAGGAUAAUACUGAAGAAGUUAGUAAGACAUCUGUAAAUAUGUCGAAUAAAAGUGAAAGUGGUGACGUAAUUCAGGAAAAUUCAAAUUUUAAUCAAGAUACCAAGGAUAACAAAGAAGGUGAAUUAGUGGAGAAGGAACAAAUCAAUAAAAAAGACGAUGAUGAUUCGUCCGUUAGUAAAACGCCUGCAAAUGUUUCGAAUAAAAAUGAAAGUGGUGACAUAAAUCAGGAGAAAUCAAAUUUUAACCAAGAUAACAAAGAAGAUAAUGAUUCGUCCGUUAGUAAGACAUCUGCAAAUAUGUCGAAUAGAAAUGAAAGUGGUGACGUAAUUCAGGAGAAAUCAAAUUCUGAUCAAGAUAAAAAAGAGGAUAACAAAGAGGAUGAAUUACCAGAGAAAAUCAAUGAAAAAGACGAAGAUCUUUCAUCCAUCGAACAAUAUUUACAAACAGAUCCAAAAACCGGUUUGACAACAGAAGAGGCUCAAACACGCUUGGACCAAUUUGGAAGAAAUGAAAUUACAGAAACAAAGCCUAACUUAUUCUUAAAAUUCCUUUCGUACUUUCGAGGCCCGAUCGCCUACUUGAUUGAAGUAGCUUGUAUAGUGGCAGGCAUAGUUAAAGAUUGGGUAGAUUUCGGCAUAAUCCUCGCGCUUUUGAUUGUUAACGCAUUAAUAGGUUUCAUAGAAGAAACACGUGCGGAAUCUGCGUUAGAAGCGUUAAAGCAAUCCUUGGCGUUAAAAACGAAAGCUAUGCGUGAUGGAAAACUGAUCGAAUUGGAUGCUGCGGAAUUGGUUCCUGGUGACAUCAUUACUUUGCGGAUUGGAAAUAUUGUACCAGCUGAUGCAAAAUUAUUAGGGGUUAAUAUUAGUGGUUCGGAGACCUCAGAAUACUUGAUGGUAGAUCAAUCGGCAUUAACUGGUGAAAGUUUGCCGGCACAUCGCAAUAAAGGAGAUCUUGUAUAUUCAAGUUCUAUAAUUAAACAAGGGCAAAUGUUGGCUAUUGUUGCCAAAACCGGGAAAGAUACAUAUAUUGGACGUGCCGCUACUCUUAUGAACGCGGCCGUGGAUCAAGGUCAUUUUCAAAAAGUCGUUAAUAAAAUUGGUACAUCUAAUGGUAAUGUACUAGAAAUUUUGCAACAUGUUCUGGUGUUGACGGUUGCAGCUAUUCCGGUUGGUUUACCAACUGUCCUUUCUGUAACUAUGGCUGUAGGAGCAAAGCAACUAGCUAAAAAACAAGUAAUUAUCAGGCGCUUAGCAGCCGUAGAAGAAUUGGCUUCUGUAUCGGUUCUUUGUUCUGACAAAACUGGUACACUCACUCUCAACGAACUAUCCACCGAUGAAUCAUGGUUGACACCUUCUUAUAAUGAAAAUGAUCUUUUCUUAUAUGCCUACAUAUGUUCUGAAGAAGGCACAGAUGAUGCGAUAGAAUUAGCCGUUAGAGAUGCUGCAUUAAAAAAAGUUGAUGUUUUAAAAAAUAACGAAAAUGAACGUGAAAUUCCUGGCUUCAAAGUCACAUCAUUUACUCCUUUUAAUCCCUCAAAAAAAUUCUCUGAAGCCACUGCGAUAAACCUUGAAACGCAAGAAAAAUUUAAAAUAGUCAAAGGUGCUCCACAAGUUAUAACCAAACUUGCAGGUGGAAGUCAGGAAGCCGAUCGUGCUGUAAUCGAUUUGGCGUCACGUGGAUUACGCGCUCUUGGUGUUGCAAGAACCAACCCAAUUAAUCCUUCUGAUAACGAAAAUUCCCAACAACUAAAGUGGGAAUUGGUGGGAUUUUUAAGUUUACUCGAUCCUCCUCGACCAGAUUCGAAAGAUAUUUUAAAAAAAUGCGAAGAAUUAGGUAUUAAUAUUAAAAUGGUAACAGGUGAUCAAUUAAUUAUUGCUAAAGAAGUUGCAAACCGACUUGGAAUGGGUAGAGUUAUACUAGAUACAAACCAUCUGGUCGAUUCCACUAAAUCUGAUGAGGAGGUUAUGGAGCACUGUGUAAAAGCUGAUGGUUUUGCUCAAGUAACUCCUGAACAUAAAUAUAGAGUCGUUGAAUUAUUACAAAAGAAAGGAUAUGUUGUUGGGAUGACGGGAGAUGGUGUAAAUGAUGCACCAGCUCUAAAACGCGCGGAUGUUGGAAUAGCGGUAGCAGGAUGUACAGAUGCAGCUAGAUCUGCUUCCGAUAUUGUACUGUUAGCGCCUGGUCUUGCAACAAUAAUUGACGGAAUAAUGACUUCUCGAGCUAUAUUUCAACGUAUGAGAUCCUAUUCUUUAUAUCGUAUAACCUCUACGGUACACUUUUUAUUAUUUUUCUUUUGCAUAAUCUUGGCUAAGGAUUGGAAUCUACCUGCCGUAUUGUUGAUUAUGAUUGCAAUGUUGAAUGAUGCUGCAACAUUGGUUAUUGCGGUUGAUAAUGCUCAGAUAUCUGGAAGUCCAGAUAAAUGGCGUAUCGGACAACUAAUCACGCUUAGCAUAAUUUUGGGAACACUUUUAAUGGGGUUUAGUUUUGCACAUUAUUUCAUUUUCUCAGAAGUAAUUAAAGUUACUCAAGCUCCACACUUUGUAAUAUUCUCUACACGACUAUCAGGUCAUUUCUGGGAAGUUCUUCCUUCUCCGCUUUUUGUUGCUUCAAUACUCGGUACACAAAUUUUCGCAAUGCUUAUAUCGGUUUUCGGAGUGCUUACUGAAGCUAUUGGAUGGGUCAAAGCCAUUGUUAUUUUGGCGAUCUCCUUAGGAAUAUUCGUAUUCCUUGACUUUGUUAAAGUGCUUGUAUAUCGUUAUUGGUCUUUAGAAUUGAUAACUAAACUUUAUCCAAUACCAUCAAAGCGUAAAGAGUUAGCUGCACGUCAUGAACGAUCUUUAUUUUUGACAAGAUAUGUUAAAAGUGUUGAAAAAAUGAGAAAAGUAUUAUUAAUGGUUAGAGUGAUUAAUGCAUUUAGACAAGCGGGUGAUGAACGGCAAGGAUGA